UGGCUCUUUUCCUCUUUAUUCUCUCUCUUCUAACUUUUUUGUCUUCUUUUCCUACCGCUCGUCAACUGACACGCUUCCCUUGGUCCAUUUCAGCCCACGGGAUUUAAGGUUUACAUAUUAUUCAACAGAAGAGAGAUUGAGGAUUUGCUCCCUGAAAUUCCUUCUUCGGUCUGAACUUUUGCAGUUAGCCGAAUUAGACACAGCAAAUCUCUACCGGGCACACGCACACCCGCUUCAUAGCCAACGACAGGUUUUUCCUUUUAUUUCCCAUUAUUCAGCCAGUUCAAACCGGCGACAAAAACUAAAUGAGUCGUAAAUACAGUCAAGCAGCGGCAAACUCAAAGACCAGCGGUUCUCAGCAGCAACCACUCACGUACGCGCAACUAGCAAGCAGCAACAAGCCAGGCAACGCCCUCAACCCAGCACCAGCAGCGACACAACCGCCCAAGGCGACCAGCAGCAGUACACCAGCGGCAGUACCGGCAAAGGCAGACAAACAGCAGCAGCAGCAGCAGCGUACCCCAGCCAACGGAACCAAUGGACCUCCCAGCAGCAAUGGUAGCAACAAUGCGAGAGAUCGUGUGAACAGCUCCAGCAGCAAUCGGCCGCGCACCAAUGAUCCGGCUGUGAGCCUUCCCUCACGCAAAUCGGUAUCAUCGGGUGCUGCUGGCAUUCAGUUUGGCUCGCUCAACCAGAACAACCGGUCGCCUUCGCCUGCCAAUACCGCCGCCAAUCGCGCGGCUGCUGGUCUGGCCACGAGCGGCGGCAGGCGUACCGCCAUCGGCUGUGGGCAAGGGUGCCUCGAAGCCGAGCUUUGGCACAGUCCAGAGCCACAACAAUGAUGACGGCAAGAAGCCUGUACAUAGUCAUGCGCCUGGCCCCCAUGGCCCGAACGAUGCAUCGGGUCGCCAGAGCCACCACGGCCGUCAGCAGAACCGUCCUGGGUCGCGGUCUUCGGGCCACGGCCGCCAGUCGCAGAAUUUCACUCCUGGUCGCAAGGACAGCUACAAUCGCCACAGCGGCACC